AUGCUUGGCUUUGUACCUUUCGGCCUACUGGCCAUUGCAUCUUUCGCAACAGCCCGCGAGCCCACACUCUACUUCAUCCGCCACGGAGAAAAGCCUGAAGAUGGAGGAAACGGGUUGAACGCCAUGGGCCUCGAACGUGCCCAAUGCCUGCGGGACGUUUUCGGCAAGGAUUCCGAAUAUAAGAUCACCCACAUUAUGGCGCAGACGCCCAAGAGCAAUGGCAAGCGCGCCCGUCCCUACGACACCGUUAAGCCGCUGGCCGAUGAUCUUGGCCUUGAGGUUGACAUUUCUUGCGAUCGGGAUGAUCCAGGUUGUGUCAAGCAGGUCGUGGAUAAAUAUGAUGGAAAGGGCCUGACAAAUAUCCUGAUUUGCUGGGAGCACGAUGCUAUCACUGAUAUUAUGGAGACUAUGGGACUUGAUGAUGCGCCGCAAUAUCCGGAUGACAGAUACGACCUCAUCUGGACUCUCCCAGCCCCUUAUGAUGAGAUUACCGAGGAGUCUAGCGAGCAUUGCCCCGGCUUGGACUCUCAGAUUAAAUUCUGA